ACAGAGAGAGGAGCUAUCUAACACACUCCCAACGGUUUUUGUGACCCUCUUCUUACCACACACACACAAAGAGAGAGGAGGUUUGGUUUGUUUUGGUUUGGUUCGUGAGAGUGUUUGUCUUGCAGGUGAAAAUGGAGAAGGAAGCACAAAGUGGAGCCCAGGAGGAAGUUCUUUCAGUGGAGCUUCCAGCUCCUUCUGCUUGGAAGAAAUUGUUCUUCCCCAAGAAAGGAGGAACACCUAGAAAGAAUGAGGUCAUGUUCAUUGCUCCCACUGGGGAGGAGAUUAAUAACAAAAGACAAUUGGAGCUGUACCUAAAAGCACACCCUGGUAAUCCUGCAAUAUCAGAAUUUGAUUGGGGUACUGGCGAGACCCCUAGGAGAUCUGCAAGAAUCAGUGAGAAGGUCAAGGUGACUCCACCAUCAGAGAGUGAGCCUCCGAAGAAACGUGGCCGAAAAUCACUGGGGGCAAAGGACAACAAGGAAGUGGAAGCUGCUCCUGAAGAAACUGAAGGUACCAAGGAAAUUCAAAUGCAAGAUGCUGAGGCCACUGGGAAAGAAGAUGCGGAAGCUGGGAAGGAGAAAGAUGUUUCCAAGGAAACUCUGGUCGAGAAUGGAGACAAAACGCAAAAAGAUGCUGACCAGAAGAGUGCAGAUGCUGGUAAAGAUGAGAAAGAAGUGACUGAUGCUGAGGAAUGCAAGAAUUCUAAUGCUUCUGCAGAAGCUCCGGAUGCUGGUAAAACCCAAGCUGAGGAAAAUGUUAAGCAGCAGGAUGUUGCAGCAGCAGCAGUAGAUGAAAAGGUUGCUGAAGUAGCUGCGGCUACCGAGACAACUAAAAGUGAAAAGCUUGCUGGAGAAGCAAAUGGGGAAGCAAAGCAAGAUAAUCCCAAUGGAAUUGCAGGUGCAUCCAAGGGAGAGAUCAAAGAGAAACAAGUUUUAUCAGAGAAGGAUGGAAAAUCUAACGUUGAGGCUGAUGAGAAAGUAAAGAAAAAUGAUGGGGAGGUGACAGAAAAUGGUAAGGUUAACCAAGCGGGGCCAGCGGAUGCCCCCCAGCAACCGUCACCCGCCCCUGUAAGCUGCUGAAUGUACCUUACUAGCUUCCUCUGCGGUUAGUGAUCCUUUUGUAACACCCCUUCCACCUUUUUUUUUUCUUUUUUUCUGUCUUCGGAACAUUGGGAUCACUCGGAUGACUGUAAUGUUAGUGUUGUUGAUGCUAGAGUUGAUUAUUGUAUGUAGUGGAAUGGAGCUGUAUGAUGGUAGAAUAGGCUUUAGACUCUGCAGCUUUUGUUACGAUCUAGAGGAACUUGGAUUAUAUGUUGCAUUAUAGACUGUAAGACAUGUUCCUUGACUUUCA